AUGUUCGAUAAGUAUGGCACAGAGGGUUCCAACGAGGUGGCAGAUACAGGUAGAAUUCCAGCUCAUCCUUGUGAAACCGUAGCUCACACCACCAACACAAAUGAAAUUUCUGCUGGUCAGAACUGCCCUAUCGAUCUCUCUUCUUCUCUCCGCCUGCGUUUACGUCGCCGGCGCAAUGCCGUCUGCGGAAAUACUGCUCUUGGCCAGGGUCUAAAAGACUUUCUUUUGUCAUAUGUCGUAUCCCACCUGACUGAAUCUAUGUCUGACUCACUCAGCCUUACUUCACCUCAACGGUCGCAGACCCUGCAACAACAACAACACUCUUUGCUCCGGCAUCGUCUUAUUCAGCGGCAUCAGCAGAUGUUGGCUCGUCGUCGUCAAACAUCAGAAGUUCAGUCUACAUGUCAAAGUAAUAGCGCGCCUGGCGUGAGUGCACCAAUUUGUGGAACCCAUGGAUCGGUCUCUACUGGCCCUGCUUCGUUUGUCAGCUCUAUCCGUGUGGGCAGUAGUGACGACUUAAUGCAUUUUGAAACUAAUAGAGACAACAUUAAGUCUGUUUUGGAAGCAGGGGUCGGCCCGAGCGAUGAAAUCUAUGCCGAACUUGAAAGGGAAAGAGAAAGAGAAUCUGUUGAUCAGAGCCGAUUUAUGCCCAAUUUUAUCCGAUCCAGUCCUACUAAAAUGCAAACUGUCUUCUCUCCUCACAUGGGCUUAGUAACCACUGAUGAAGGCAACUCUCCAGAACCGAGUGAAGAGGACGAAGAGCUUGACCUGAACCCCACUGCAGAGGAAGAAGUUGAGGAACAGAUUUGUCGAAAGAACCUCUCGUCAAUCCGAUUGCCAUUUGAACUUGACAGUGAUAGUGCUGAGUCUGCUGAUGCUUCCAUUGAUAGUUAG